AUGUCUAUUCAAAAUGCUGAGAAGGAUAUCAAACUCCUACACGGGCAAACAUCAAGCAAUAAAGAAUUUAUAUCAAUUUACGAUGAACAAAUUGAUGAAAUUCAACAAUAUCUGAGAAGAGACUGCGUCGAAAUAACAGGUAUACCAGUCACUUCUGUAGACGAUCCUAAGAUUUUAGCUAAGGAGCUGGGUGAUCUAAUGGAAGUUCAAGUUGAUGAAAGGGACAUAUCCACAGCUCAUAGAUUACCUGCAAGUAAGAAAGUUAAAGAUCAUAUAAUAGUCAAGUUUGUAAACCAAGAUAAGAGAAAUGAAUUUUAUCAGAGGUGA